GAUUAUUAAAACGAAGUGGUGAAAGGAGUGGCGGAGAAGAACUAAAAAAAAUUAACUUUUUUACGAAAUUAGAUUAGAAAAAUCUAUAGUUAUGUAUUCAUAGAAAUUGUAUUUUAUAGUAUGCACAUGAAGGUACCGGUGCCGUGCAAAAAUUAACAGGUCGCCUAUUAAACAUUUACUUGAAUUUAUAAAAAAUUUUGAAAGCAAAGCAGGAAUUCGCAAAUCGAGAUAAGAACAUAAUUUUGAACUGUGACGGCAGAGCAACAGCCACCUCAUACAGCAACAGUUGCUGCUGCCUGCAGCAAUUUGCAUGGCUUUUGGAAGAUACAAGCGUUUUAUCUAAGAAUUAUUCAUUAUAUUACGGGUGGAGGCUAUUAGGUGAUAUAUUGCCAGUUUUGCAAACAUGACUUCAGCUGUGGAUAUACAAAUUGUUUCGGCACCAAACUUGGAUAAAAUUGAAAAUUUUUUCAAAGAUGUUUCUUAUCGCGAGACGAUUGAAUUCAGUGCUAACUUCAAUACACGUUUAUGCUUGGAACGCCGGCUACGAUUACCUUUUUUCGAUCCUCAAACACGAGUUGCUCAAAAUCACUCGCAUCUCUUCAUGGACAAACGGCAACGAAUGCCGGGGUUCCGGCAAGGACAGAUCUACACAUAUCCGUCAACACGGUGGCGUAAAAGCCGGCGCCAGUAUCUAAAUAAAAUGUACCGUUUCCCUGAUCGGCCAUUUCAAUCUUUGCGUAAAGAACAAGAAUCGAGCGUGGUCACUGGAAACGCUGGCACAGCAUCUCCUUUAAUCGGCUCUAGCAUUGGGUCGAUGUUUGAUUCCGAUUUGAAUGGGACGCUGCUCGAUGAAUCGCUAUCCUUGGGCGCUGCUGGCGGCGACACAUCUGACAGUAAAGACAGUCAGCAAUUAAUAGUGCAGCAGCAACAACAGCCACCCCUACCAGUCAAGGACGACAUGUCGAAAGAAUGGUUCUAUGAUGACAUUGAAAUGAAUGAACUAGAUGCCUUGGAAGAUCCCAAAUCACCUGGCGAUGAUGAAUUAGACUAUGAUCCGCGCUAUGGCACCAAAAAGCGACGAAAGCGUCGUCCAAAUAAACGUGAAUCAACUACGGCCAGCGAGGGAGGUGGUGGCGGUGGUGGACGACGACGUACCGGCGGUCAGCGCGGUCGAAAAUCGGCGAGCUCGUCCACAGCUGCUACCACUGAUAUAUCGCAUUCGACUGUGGAUACGAAUGAUGGUAACAGCAGAGGCUUAACAAGUGAACUAACGGCAACACCGACAUCAGGUACGACUAGUACUGGUCGGCGACCGCGUGGCACAGGAGGCACGCGGGGACGUCGUCGAACAAAAGGGAAAAAUGCAAAUGUCUGUGAUCCACCCAGUCCAGGUUUGAAUAGUGAACCGCCAUCUUUUGAGAGCGCUGCUGCGGCUGUUGGUGUAUUGGGCGAUUUGACAGGAGUUGGUUUGAGUGACGAGCAGGUGGACUUAAGGAAUUAUCGCAAGUUCCUGUAACAAAGUGGUGGGAUUAAAAGCUGUAUGGUCCUGUAUAGUAAUUUAAGUAAUCGCAUUUUAGAACACAAAAACAAGAAUGCAGUUAAUCGGUUGUUGGAUAUCUAAUUGUUGAAAAGUCAUUUACCUACAUAUGUUGUUUCUUUACGUUGCACAGCAACAGCAUCUUGCACGCUUUUGUAUAUCGUUUGCUAAUAGUAUGUAAAUUAAAAUUAAGAUUUCACUAUAGAUCGGACAAACUUUAGCUUUCUUUGCCAAGCCACAAUCUAAUUGAAUUAGACAUACCUUAUAAAUGGAUUUGUUGCACCAAUAAAAAAAUGAAGCAAUUUUUUUUUAAGGUUUAUAUUGAGAAUCGUUUAACGCAUAUGAUAUAUACUGAUGCUUAGUUACUUACGUAUUUAUUGAAUUACACGAAAUGAAAUUAUACCUUUUGUUAUAACUAAUAAAAUUGGGUUUGGAACAUGUAACUAAUAUAAUAAUAAUGGGUUAUUUUCGCAGCUUUACGCAUGUCUUUGUUAUUGUUGCAAAACCAAUAGUAGAUUUACAUAGAAAUUUGUUAUUAUUUUUUAAUAUGUUAUUCACAACAAUAGCAAUGUUAAUUAGAAAAAUAAAAACAAUGUUACCACUUGUUUAUGUAAACUAUUUUUAUGUUUAGAAAUAUUGCAUUAGAUACUUGCAAAUAACGAUGGAUUGUUAAAUAACUUUAUUUACCAUACAUAAUUUGUAUGUGUGUAUGCCCGUAUGUACUGACAUGAAUUCGGUUUCUAUUAAAUAUUAUGCAGAUGUGCAAAUAAUUGCAUGUGUACGCAAAUAUGUACUAUGUAAUUAUUAAACUUUAUAUAUUUUACUUGCGUGUAUAUCUGGGUAUACAUACAUCGAUAUGUGCACAUGAACUGCUUGCAUAUACUUCAUUGUUAUAUAAUUUAUACAUGCGUACAUGGCUAAAUGUAGGCAAUUUACGUGAAAUUAAAGAAUAUAUUAGUCUAAUGUGUAGAAUAAUUAACUGAAAUCAUUAAAUGGUGACAUAUGAAUGUACAUAAAUACAUUUCAAACUUAUUCUUGUAAAAUCUGCAAAGCGGCAAAAAUCACGAAUAAGAUAUUAACAUAUUUGAAGAUAAUAGAUAUUUACUAAUAGAACUUUUACGAACUUUAUGCUCCGGAAGCAAUUUUUGAAUAUAUUGUACUGCUAUGUAUAUACAUAUGUACAUAUGUAUGUAUGUAUGUAUGUAUGUAGAAUGUUUCAGAAUUAAAUUUAGUUAGUCCCUGAUUUUUUAUAUGAGGCAUUGUAAUGCAUGUUAAAUGAAUUUUCACUUAUAAUAUUUAUGAGAACAGCUUAGCAAUGAUACUUUUUUUACACUCACUUGCAACUACAUAUCGCACAUUUGCUGCAAUAGUGCCAUAAUCAAAAAAAA